UAGUGGUAAUGGUAACAUCAGAUGUGGUAAAGUAGAUUAGCGAGAAAUGGAGAAUUAAGGUAGGUUUGCCACGUACCAUACUACGGCAAUGUAUCAUAAAGCCAGAGAGUAAUAGUUCAUGGAUCUUAAAUUGUAGUUUCAUUAAUAUUAUUUUCUUUUAGUGCGAACUUGUGGAUUGGGGAUAACGCCAGAGCUCUGGCUAACGUUAACGUUAGUUGCUUUAAGUUAACGUUAGCUCUCGGGAUAAAGCCAGAAACAACUCGCGCAAGUCUCGUCCAGAGAACUGAUAGAGCAUCGCGAGCUGUAAAAUUCUAGAUUUUUGUUUAAAGUUGUAGUUCGUUCGUUUUCUUAUUUUAAACGUAGAGUUUUUGAGUCAAGGAAGCCACUUAAAGUUGUUUUGAGACGACCUGUAACCCGCUCUGAUGCCAUCUCAAGGUGAGGUGGUUAAUGAAAAGCUGGUGCCACUAACCAGCUAACAUCGCUCCGAUAAACACCAAACUACUGCGUGUUCCGUUGGACUGAAGGGAAUAAUUGUAGUUACAGUAUUAAAAUGUGGCCCGUGUUUAAUUGACAAUCAUGGGAGGAUGCGUGGGGAGAGAACGAGCGGAGUCACGAGGACACGGCGCGAGAGGGCAGAGGAAACGUGGAGGUCGUAAUGAGCCCCUGAAGAAAGACAAGCCAAAGUGGAAGAGCGACUACCCCAUGACGGAGGGCCAGCUUCGCAGUAAGAGAGAUGAAUUUUGGGACACGGCUCCAGCGUUUGAGGGACGCAAGGAGAUCUGGGAUGCCCUGAAAGCUGCUGCUGUGGCUUUGGAGUGUAAUGAUCAAGAGCUCGCUCAGGCUAUAGUGGAUGGAGCCAACAUCACAUUACCACAUGGAACCCUGACCGAGUGUUAUGAUGAACUCGGCAACCGGUACCAGCUACCAGUAUACUGCCUGGCACCACCAGUUAAUCUGAUUACAGAAAGAAGCGAGGAAGACCCGUCGGACAACCCUGAGCCCCAGACAACACAGAAGAAAGAGUUCCAGUUAAAGGUACGCCUCUCCACUGGCAAAGACCUUCGCUUGAACGCCAGCAUGUCCGACACCAUUGGCCUUCUCAAAAAACAACUUCACGCUCAGGAGGAUAUUGAUGUAACCCACCAACGGUGGUUUUUCUCUGGGAAGCUCCUCACAGACAAGACCCGCCUCCAGGACACCAAGAUCCUGAAGGACUUUGUAAUCCAGGUCAUUGUGAGCCAGCCGUUAACAGCAAACCACUAAGGUGUAGCUGAUGAUUUGACAAAGACGGGACCAAACCACAGCGUUAAACACAAAACGUUUUGCACAUAAAUGAAUAGACUUCAAGAAAAAAGGGAGAGACUCUGUGGUCUUUGUCUACCAUCAAGAGUUAAAUUGAAUUAUUUGUUGAAUUGUUGCUCAACCCUGCUGUUUAAAACAACUUCCUGGUGGAGAAACUCCAUGAUUCACAGCUAGACGCUCAUUGAGUCCUCCUCAAAUUGAGACAUCUGGAAAAACAAAUAAACCGACCUCACGAGUUGCAGCUUGAGCAGAAGUGCCAACUUGAAUAGCUGCAAUGUCAAGUUUGGUAGAAAAGCACAGUGCUUUCAGUACCUUGACUAUCUGUAACCUGCAAGGUGUACUGUAUCUACACGGUCCUCUGAAAGUGAUCUCACGGUGUAAGAUAAUUUAAGUCAAGCUUCAUUUUGCACACUUUAAAAAGUAUCCUAGCAUAGUUGUGCCUUGAAAGAAGAGUUCUUAAAUGCUGUUUUUAUUUUACCUAUAGAGACAUUUUCAGCCUGGAGAUGGCAUUUAAAAAAAAGUGUGGCUAUUUGUAUCUGAUGGCUGUGAACACAAUCCAGUACUUGCUAUGCAAUCUCAAAGCAGGGGAAAAGAUGCUGAUAUCGAUCAGCAAAUAUAUCUGAUGUAGCUAAUCUAAAACCACAAACGUUUUUUCAAUGUAUGCUAUCGCAAGGCCCGUCACAGGAGACGCUGCUUAAACCGCUCAUUGUGUUGUGUGUUCAUUCAUUUCACAAUACACAUUAAACUAACAGGGAUGUUGUAUAUUUA